AUGUUCUACAGCGACGUUAUCCUCGCCAAGCGUGGCCCGCUAGCCCGUGUCUGGCUGGCCGCGCACUGGGAACGCAAGCUCAGCAAGACCCAGUUUCUCCAGACCAGCAUCGAAAAGAGCGUCAGUGCCAUCAUGGGCCAAGAGGUCGUCCCGAUGGCUCUCCGUCUUUCCGGUCAGCUGCUGCUCGGUGUCGUGCGCAUCUACUCGCGUAAGGCCAAGUACCUGCUAGAGGACUGCAACGAAGCACUUCUCAAGAUCAAGAUGGCUUUCCGCUCCGGGGCCGUGGACAUGACCAGCGAUCAGCUCAACGUUUCGCGAAACGCCAUCACCCUCCCAGAUAUUCGAACCGACCUCGACAUUUUGCUGCCAGAUCAGGCCAUGAACGACUACGACAUCGACUUUGAGAAGCUAGCUGCCAGAAAAGCCAAGAAGCUCGCCGACAACCCCACUGCCUAUACUGCCCGCGCCGCCGACAUCACCCUCCCCACCGUAGACUACAGUGCAUUUGACGAUACCUUUGAUGUGUCUUCCGGCAUCGACGGCAUUGCUUCACAGGACUUCGACCCAGAUGGCGGACUGGACCUCGGUCUCGAAGACGAUCUGCCCGAGAUCGGGGGCCGCAGAAAUGAAGCCGGUCAGCUGGUGGAUGAGAACGGUGACCCGCUUCCCGCGGACGACUCGCUCAGCAUCGGUGUAGGUCGAGACGCUCCUAGUGAAGCUGGUCGUCAGUCGGUCGCGUCGAUGCUUAACCUUGGCAUGGACAACGACAUCACUCUCGGCUCGGCAGGCGGCUCGCAGGCACCGAGUGUCGGCAUGCCCGACUUUGACCUUGGUGGCGAUGGACUCGAUCUCGGACUGGACAACGAAGGGCUCGACCUCGGGCUUGACGCUCCCAUGGAUCUCGACAGGCAAGUGACGCCUCCUCCCGGUGACAACAGCAUGGCGCUCGCCAUGGCCGAUAUGACGCCUACUACAGCAGCUCGUAUCCGUGAUGCUGCCCAGCAGAGACAACAGGAUGAGGCAGCCACCAGACAGGCCAAGGCACGCAAGCAGAUUGUCGAUGCCCGCACCGAGCUUCCCGAUACCCAGCUCGGAGGUCUUAGCCAAGGACUCAGCCAAGGCGCGGGAGGCCAGACCGCCGACCUCGCUGACAUCUUGACCGAAGAGCGUUAUCUGCCUCGAUCGCGCGCCUACCUCCGCCUGCUCACCAUCCGCGAAGACCCCUUUUCGCACUUUAUGCCGUUUGCCGACCCUUCCAACAAGGACAAGAGCUCACAGUUCAUCGGACCUGCUGGGCUUGCGUCUGAGUUGAGCGAACUGUUCACGUUCGACCUUGGCGCCAUGCGACGUCGUCGUGCUGCGGCACUGCCCGACGACGACGGUCCCAACAAGCGUGCCAGGCUUGGCGAGGACGACGACGAGAUGGGCGUCGCUCGCCGUGCGCAGGGCCAGCGCGACUCAGUCGGGUUUGGGGAUAUGGACGUCGACCAGUCUGGAUUCGACUUUAGCAUGGGAGACGAAGGCGGGUUCGACGUACCCGCUGCGGGCAGCCUUGAUCUUGGGGACGACGGCCUGCGCCGAUCCUCGCGCAAGUCGCGCGCCGAGCUGGAAGCCGAUGGGGAGGGCGAUGUGACGGGUCGUUUGCCUGCGCUCUCACGCAUGUCUACACCGGAAGCCGACGAUGGCGGACUCGACUCACUCGCCGUGAGCUCCACCAACCCUCUGGCUCUCUUCGACGUGCGACCGAAUGAAGAAUCGUCUGCAGCGGCAGCGACGGGGCUGGGAGGCGAAGAAGCCGCGUCUCAAUUGCGUGCAUCCGAAGACGCCGAAGCCUCGACGAAGGGGUGGGCCAAGAGCACCGUGCGUGCACUGCGCGUCGUUCGCUCGCAACUCUCUGCCACUGCUACAGAGGACGAAGAGACAGCAACACCGUCCCGCUUCGUAGAGAUCGAUGCCGAGACGGAGGAGAAGAAGCUGUCGUUCCAGAAGAUCUCGACCAACGCCUCGCGCCGUGCUGCUGCCAGUUUCUUCUUCGAGAUGCUCGUACUGGGCACAAAGGACUGCGUCAAGCUGCAGCAGGACGAUGCGUACGGCGAUAUCAAGGUCACUGCUAAGGACAAGCUGUGGAACGCUUCCGCGGCUGCUACGCAGGUCUCGCAGGCUGCGCCUAGUGCGGCGUAG